UAUAAAAUACCGUCAAAUAUUCACUCAACCUUGUUGAAGUUACGUCAAAGAAAGUCAACAGCAGCAACAACAACAACAACAACAAAAAGGAAAACAGCAAAAGUCAGGACGAGAAUCGACCGGCUUCACGGACUUCAUAGAGAAGGAGAGGCUUGAAAAGGAGGAGAACAAAAGGCAAAAGCAAAGGCGGAACAUCGAAAUACUUAUGUAAAGUGUAAUAUGUGGAAGAAAGCAUGUCGUCUACUCCUUGCUCGGUGCUAACCCUGUCAUCGUUUAAUCUAUUAUUUUUCACCCAAGUGCUAACGGUGCUCAGCUCCGCGAUCAAGUACAACGAAUACGCAACGGAUAAAGGCGGCAAUGUCAGCAUACCAUGCAUUGCCGAUGGUAACAUUAUGUGGAUCAAAGAGCAUGGCAGCAAUAACACAAUUAUUCAGACAGGUCGCAUUCUGGUAUUGCAUAAUGUGAGUACCACGGAUAGUGGCAUUUAUGUCUGUUUUGCUGCCUUGCCACGGAGAAUUACAUCCACAACAACAAUAAUAACAACAACAACCACAGCCAUCCCAGCGACAUCAACAACUACCUCAUCGCAAGAUCUAUCCAAAAUUGAGAGUGAAACCAAAAUGUCCGAGCAUCGAGAAAAUCAAUCCAUAGAUAAAUUUGCAUCCAAAUCAGAGACGAACGAGAACAAGGAACAGGAGCAGGAGGAAAUGGAAUAUCAAGCCUGUCAGCGUACAUUGCUUAAAGUUCGCACACCACCGGGUCCGGUGUCACAAUUGUACUUCAAGGCAUCCACAAUAUUGGGCUUUCUCAUUUGGCGUUUCAAUAAAACCCAAUCCGGUGGCUAUCCGGUGCGUAGCUUUACAGCCGAAUAUCGUAAUGUCUCAUAUGACCAGAUGCCGGCAAAUGAAAGCUAUGAGCAUGCCUGGAGUCGUAUGGAUCCAAUUAAUAUAGCUCCCAAUGUGCGUCAAAUGGAGGUUUAUCGAUUGGCACCAAAUACCACAUACGAGUUUCGAAUAUGGGCCAACAAUGAGCUGGGCAGCGGUGAGGUGGUAACCACCAAUGUGACCACAUUGCCAGAGACCAAGGAAGAGGAUCUCAUACGCCUUAUCAAACCCGAUUUAGAUAAUUUCGAUCCACGCAUUUGGAUUGUGGCCGUCAGUAUAGUGCUUGGAACACUUGUGAUAUUAGCCAUUGGACUCUGUAUUGUGCUCUCCAAGGAGUGCUAUCAAUCAACGCAAAUGGAACUGCAAGAUGAUUGGGACAGCAUUGAGCUUAUACCGAAUAUAAUACUUAAUCCUGGUUUCAGUGAAUCCGAUGGAACCGAAGGUGUAUCAGCACCACCUUUGUUUAUCCAACAUCACCAUCGUCAGGCUAAUCAUGUCCGUAUUGUGGCUGACAACAACGACAACGACAACGACGACGACGAUGAUGACGAUGAUGACUAUGAAGAACGACAUGAGCCCACUAUGGAGAAAUUCAAACGUAAAGUUUCGGUUUUUUUUACAGGUCCCACCAUUAAACGCAUUUGAAAGUACAAAGUCGAAUGGAAUAUUCAUAAAUAUAUACAUAUAUGUAAUAUAUAUAUACCAUAUAUAUUAGAGUCGGGCUAACAAAGAUCGUCUAAGCAUACAGUGGGUCACAUUUAUUAUUCGGUUAAAACCCAUAAAUAUGGUCAGAGAAGGACACUUUUCCAACAUUAUAGAGUGUACAUUAGGCGAUUUCAGUUCUCAAAGUCUUCUAUACACUGGAGACAUUGUAUAUCAAGAUAUAUAAUACACUCAUAUUCGGCCAGAUCUGACCAUAAUAUCAAAUGGCUU